AAACAUAGGAAGCGUGUCGAGCAAUCAUUCAUUCAAAACGACGAGUACCCACAGUUUAAACAAAACAAAAAUGUUCCAAAUCGUACGUGGUAUACGUUUGUUCCUGGCGUUCAUCAUCGUCAUCGUCAUUCCGAUGCACUACUCUCUGGCUGAGCCGUACAACAAACAGUUGACCAUCUUUGCGGAGCCGGGACGCAUGGAAUGCUACCAUCAGCCGAUAGCUGCCACAGAGCUCAUCACCAUCGACUACCAGGUGAUACAUGGAGGCCAUGGCGAGGCCCACAUCAAUUUCAUGCUAAUGGAUCCCCAGCGAGUUGUCCUCGUUGCCGAGGAAAAGCAGGACAAGAGUAAACACAAACUGGUGGCCAACGAGACCGGCUCGUACAAGUUGUGUUUCGACAAUACCAUCUCUACGUUCAAUCGCAAGAUUGUCACCUUUCUGCUGGAAGUGGUGGCCGCCAACUAUGAGGAACAGGAACGCAUCAAUUUGCGCAAAGAGAUGUUAACCGAUUAUCAAUUUGAUAAAGCCUUCACCAGCAUUGUGGAUAAUAUUGGCAAAAUACAAGUCCAUUUAAUGAGAGCACGCCAAAAUCAAGACUCAAUACGUGCCCAUGAGGCAAGGGACAGAAAUCUGGCUGAAUCCAACUAUGCCAUGGUUAACAAUUGGUCACUAUUUCAAUUCGUGGCCAUGAUUGUGGUGGGCAUGUUGCAAGUAUUUAUGUUGCGAAGCAUAUUCCACACAGAUGGAAGAUUCUACGAGUUUUGGCAGAGAUUCUAAUGGACUUUACUAUCAUUUUGUCUACUCUACAACAAUGUUAGCGAAUUGUCAAAUAUAAUUUAAAAACUGUAAAUUGUUAAUUUGAAAAAAAA